CAGCAGUGCCGCGAACUGCAAAUUCGCGUUCGGCGCGGCAGCGGCCUCCGCUGUUGGCGCACUCCGUCGCCAUUUCUUCCAACAACCAACGACAGCACUCACAGCAAGCGAGCGAGCGAGUCAGCACUGUCGCAGAGCACCUCCAGCAGCUAGCCAUGUCACACGGCGAAGAGUGGUUCAACGAGAUGGCGUCCACUUGGGAUGCCAAGCCCGAGAUCGUCGCCAACACGAAGAACGUCCAUGCACAGAUCAUCAAGCACCUCGAAGAGCGUGGUCAGAGCCUGUCCUCGAUGGACGUCAUGGAGGUUGGCAGCGGCACAGGCCUGCUCUCCACCCUGCUCGCCAAGGACUCCAAGAGCCUGCUGGCCGUGGACACGUCGGAGAAGAUGCUGGAGCGCCUCAUGGACAAGGUCAAGGAGUCCAACCUGGGCAACGUCUCCACCCUGAACGAGCCGCUCGUCUCCGUGGACCAGCUUGGUGGGCGCACAUUUGAUCUCAUCGUGAUGUGCCUCACCCUUCACCACGUCGACGACAUCCAAGGCCUGACCAAGACCAUCAGCGCUGCGCUCAACAAGGGCGGCCAGUUUCUUGUGUUUGACUUUGAGAAGUUCGCUGGAUCCAAGUCCUUCCACCAAAUGACCGACGAGCAGCUCAAGGCGGCUGGCGUCUAUCACGAUCAAGGCUUUGAUGCAAGCGACUUUGAGGCCCUGUUUGGCCAGGCCAACCUCAAGUGCAUCCACGCACAGAGCCACUUCCGGAUGACCAUGCCCGAUAACAUGCCCAAGCCUGGUGAGCAGUCUGAGGGACACGGACACUCGCAUGCACACGCACACGCACACGCGCACGGGCACGGGCACAGCCAUCGGCAAGGGAUGGGCGAAGGCAAGAACGAGUACCCGAUCAUCUUCGCCGCCGGUCUCAAGGAGUGAUGCAUGGUGGUGGUUGAUGCAUGGUAGUGGUUGAUGCAUGGUGGUGGUUGAUGCAUGGUGAUGGUGGUGAUGGUGUCAAUGGUGUCUGGCUGCGCACAAGGACAGUUGCGUUUGAGGGUUUGCCAGUUCACGGGGUGAUGGGAUUUCUUUUUGUUGGAUGGAUGGUUGUUUCGGAUUGUUGGCUCGUGUUGGUACACACGCGGCGUGCCCGCUUUGCCUGCGCCGUGUCUGUCUGGCAUGUGGGUUUGAUUGGUGAUUGUUAUUGUUGGGGGUCUGCAUGCACGCACGUUGGAACAGAUGAAACACACAUAACACAGGUGAAACAAC